AUGUUUAAGAUUCUGUCGUUAUUAUUUCUUGUUGGCGUCACGUAUUCACAGAUCCCCCAGCCAUGUUUCUCUCCCCCUCUGCUCUCGUUUGUGGCCAUACAGUAUGACCAAGAGCGGGUAUUCUUCCGUCAGUUUGACGCCGCCUAUGAUUUCCAGGGGCAGAGAUUCGCUUUCUAUGAGAGAGAGGAUUCCCGCACAACGCCAGGCAGACAAUAUUACCAGAUAAUUAUACUACACAAAGAGAACGUAGCCUACCAGUAUAACCGCCAAAGCAAACAAUGCACCAAGUCACAGGCUGGACCCUUCCGACCCUUUGGUGUACCCCCUGAAGGAAGAUUCGAGGGAGAGUACUACAUCGGUGGCCCUGGAGAAACUAUCGAGGCAGUCGAAUGGUCGGAUAGAAGUGAUGUUCGAAGAGAGAACUGGCUCGGCGUGUUCACCAGAAUCAACUGCUACCCAGUCCGCACAUGGCUGCACAACUCCCAGACCAAUGAGACAGUCCACACAGACAUCUUUAACGUGGUCGCAGGAGUAACCAAUCCUUCAAUCUUUGAGCCUCCUACUGCCUGUCGGAAUGCAACAGUCAGCCCUGGUUUUAACAAACUGGCUCACAGUCUGAGAGGCAGCUACAGACACUAG